GGCUGUUCCGUUUCUAUGAUUGGCUAUUUAGGUCUCGGCGAACCUGUUUCACAUUUAAUUUAUCUGGGCUUUCCUCGUAGAAAACGAGCUUCGUAAUGUUAGUGGAGUUUGUGGGGUGUUUUAUGCAGGCAGCUUCAACCAGUGAAGUUGCAGAGUUUUUUGCUCGUGUCAGACAAACAUGCGGGACAUGAAUGUGUUUGAGCGCUCCUCCGUGUUCGCCGAGGAGAUGAUGAUGGAGGUGUUUGAUCGGACUCCCACGGAGAAAGAGCUCGUCUCCCAGUCCAAAGAACUUUGUAGAGACUUCGUUCACUCCAGAAUAAUAAGGGAAGGACUAAGGUGGUCAAAAGUCGAGUCUGAUCCACCCGAGCCACACGGGGCUCUUGUAGAUGUAUCUGUGGUGCUGCUAAAACUGGGUGAUGAACUGGAGUGUACGCGUCCGUAUGUGUACCGUAAUAUUGCAAAGCAGCUGAACAUCAGUGUAGCGAUGGAGGCGGUGGUGUCACAUGCGUUUCUCUCUGUAGCAACAGAGAUCCUCAUCAUGGGGAUCACAUGGGGCAAGGUGGUGGCCAUCUAUGCUGUAGCAGCUGGGCUGGCAGUGGACUGUGUGCGUCAGGGCCAUCCAGUCAUGGUGCACACUAUAGUGGACAGUCUGGGUGAGUUUGUGCGAAGGAACCUGGUCCCAUGGCUCAAAAAGAGAGGAGGAUGGGGGGACAUUUUAAAAUGUGUGGUGGACAUGGACCCUAGAGCUCGUGCCCACUGGUUAUCAACAGCUGUGUUCACAUGGAGGCAAUUCCUAAAGACCAUGUACAUCUACCUGAUGAAGUAGCCUUGUGCAGGAAAUCAUCUAGUUGACUGAGAACUGAAUCCCAGAACUAUUUGAAUGGUCCAUUGAGAGCAAAUAGCCCCUUAAAAAGGUCAUAGCACUUCACCCAGGUUCAACUGUCUUAAUUUUCUUUUACCCGUUAUGAUUUCUUUAAAAUAUACCAUGUAUAGAGUGUAACAAAUACUAUGACCUGACAGGAGGAGAGGGCACUGUGAGGGAAUAUGUGCUAUAUUCGUUGCUGGAGUUACAUAAUAUUUGUCUUCCUUAGUUUAAAAUGGAGCUCCUUUUGUGAUUUCAUACU